UAGUGUCAUUUACCUGUAAUUUUAACGGCCCUCUAGACUCCCCGUCUCAGAUUCGUUGUCACGGUCUCUUCUCGGUGGAUCUGUACAGUAUACUCAUUUUGAUCGAUCGCACUGUACGGGUAUCUGGUUGAACCGCAGAGUUAUUCUCGGUUCCAAUCGGCCAUGGCUCCUCCGGCUCAGUCUCAGCGAAGUCCCUCGCCUUCUCAACCGUCCGGCAAAAGUGAAGUCUCAGAUUUGAAAACACAGCUCCGGCAGUUGGCUGGUAGCCGAGCACAGGGUGUUGAUGAUUCAAAGCGUGAGCUUUUCAAGAAGGUUAUAUCCUAUAUGACGAUCGGCAUUGAUGUCUCAUCUCUCUUUGGUGAGAUGGUGAUGUGCUCGGCAACAUCAGAUAUUGUUUUGAAGAAGAUGUGUUAUCUCUAUGUUGGUAAUUAUGCAAAGGUCAAUCCUGAUCUUGCUCUUUUAACAAUUAAUUUUCUCCAAAGAGAUUGCAAGGAUAUGGACCCAAUGAUCCGAGGGCUUGCCUUGAGGAGCUUGUGUUCACUACGUGUGCCAAAUCUGGUUGAGUAUUUGAUGGGACCAUUGGGAUCAGGGUUGGAGGACAAUAACAGUUAUGUGAGGACGGUGGCUACCAUUGGAGUGCUAAAAUUAUAUCAUAUAUCAGCUUCAACGUGUGUUGAUACAGACUUUCCAGCUACACUGAAGCAUUUGAUGCUUAAUGAUCCAGAUACUCAAGUAGUUGCAAACUGUUUAUCAGCACUACAAGAGAUUUGGAGCGCUGAGGCAAGAACCUCUGAGGAAGCAUCCAGGGAGAGAGAAGCUCUGAUUAGCAAGCCAGUCAUAUACUACUUUUUGAAUCGGAUUAAGGAAUUUAGUGAAUGGGGGCAGUGUCUUGUGCUUGAAUUGGUUGGUAAAUAUGUACCCUCAGACGGCAAUGAGAUAUUUGAUAUAAUGAAUCUCCUGGAAGAUAGACUCCAUCAUGCAAACAGUGCUGUGGUCUUAGCCACCAUCAAAGUGUUUCUGCAGUCAACCCUGUCCAUGACUGAUGUUCACCAGCAGGUAUAUGAACGCAUUAAGUCCCCUUUGCUAACCUUAGUGAGUUCAGGAAGUCCGGAGCAAUCAUAUGCAGUUUUAAGUCAUCUGCACCUCUUGGUGAUGCGUGCGCCAUACGUAUUUUCUUCUGACUAUAAACACUUCUAUUGUCAGUAUAAUGAGCCAUCUUAUGUUAAAAAAUUAAAGCUUGAAAUGCUUACGGCAGUGGCAAAUGAGAACAACACUUAUGAAAUUGUGACGGAAUUAUGCGAAUAUGCUGCAAAUGUUGACAUUCCCAUUGCAAGAGAGUCCAUUCGGGCUGUAGGAAAAAUAGCACUGCAGCAGUAUGACGUGAAUGCAAUUGUUGAUAGGCUUCUUCAGUUUCUAGAGAUGGAAAAGGACUAUGUGACUGCUGAAGCUCUGGUACUUGUAAAAGAUCUGCUUAGGAAAUAUCCACAAUGGAGUCAUGAUUGUAUUGCAGUUGUUGGAAAUAUCAGCAGCAAGAAUGUACAGGAACCCAAGGCCAAAGCAGCUCUUAUUUGGAUGUUGGGGGAAUAUUCUCAGGACAUGCAAGAUGCUCCGUAUAUUUUAGAGAGUUUAGUUGAGAAUUGGGAUGAGGAGCAUUCUGCCGAGGUUCGCUUACAUCUUCUAACGGCAGUGAUGAAGUGUUUUUUCAAGAGGCCACCUGAGACCCAAAAAGCCUUAGGAGCUGCAUUAGCUGCAGGGCUUGCUGAUUUUCACCAGGAUGUUCAUGAUAGAGCCUUAUUCUACUACAGGCUGUUGCAAUACAAUGUCUCUGUUGCUGAACAAGUGGUCAACCCUCCAAAGCAAGCUGUUUCUGUCUUUGCUGAUACUCAAAGCAGUGAGAUCAAAGACCGCAUAUUUGAUGAAUUUAACAGUUUAUCAGUUGUCUACCAGAAGCCGUCUUACAUGUUCACUGAUAAGGAACACAGGGGUCCAUUUGAGUUUUCUGACGAGCUUGGAAGUUUGUCUGUUGGGGCUGAAUCUGCCGACAACAUGGUUCCUGUACCGAGGGUCGAGGCAAAUGACAAGGAUCUUCUCCUUAGUACCUCAGAGAAGGAGGAAACUAGAGGUGUUAGCAACAAUGACACUGUUUAUAAUGCUCCUUCAUAUGAUGGCUCAUCCCCAGCUACUGCUGCAUUGCAAAUGCAAUCAUUAGUGAUUUCAAACCCUGCAGUACCAGGGCAUACACAUCAGGCUAGCUUGGCUAUAGACGAUCUACUUGGUCUUGGUGUACCGGCAAUAACAUCUGCGCCUGCUCCUUCACCACCCACACUGAAGCUAAAUCCAAAAGCCACUUUGGAUCCAGGCACUUUUCAGCAAAAAUGGCGAAAACUGCAUAUAGCUUUAUCCCAGGAAUAUGCACUGAGUCCGCAAGGAGCUGCCAUGUUGACGACACCUCAAGCUCUCUUACGACACAUGCAGGGCGAUUCCAUCCACUGCAUUGCAUCUGGCGGCCAAUCACCGAACUUUAAGUUCUUUUUCUUUGCACAGAAGGUUGAAGAAGCAUCCAAUUUUCUUGUGGAGUGCAAGAUCAACACAUCAUCAGGUAAAGUUCAAAUGAAUAUUAAAGCUGAUGAUCAAAGCACAUCCCAGGCCUUCUCAGCCUUGUCCCAGUCGGCCUUGUCCAAAUUUGGUAUGUAAGGAUCAGCCCACAUAUGGUCUGCUCAGGCAGUAUAUGGGCAUUCCUCAUUUCUCUAUAUCUUUUUCCGUUUUUCCCCUCAAUGAAAACUUCUAUCUAGAUAGGUUUAGUUCAGUGUAUUUCUUUUAAAAUUUGCCUUGUAAUAUUCUGCAUCAUUACCUGUUGAUUAACACACAAAACCGGUGAACCAUUGCAAUUUUUUUUUUGUUGGUUGAGGAACAUUUCGGGAGCUGAAUGACGAACUUUGUAUGAACUUGUAAAUUUGAUUUUGAUCACAUUCUAUCUUCAGCUU